ACACCGGGGAGACACACUUCCUGUUCCGGAGUCAACAAACAAUCCAACAUGGAAACUGUCAGCAGCGCGAGGUGACCGCGUGAGCACAUCGAGGAUCAGAAUGGCUGAACCGGGCUGUCAGGACGGUUCGGUUCGGUACUUCUGCACCGCCGGUAACGGGAUGGAGCCUUUUUUAACGGAGGAGCUGAGGAGGAGGCUGGAGGCUGAGGAUGUGCGUCAGCUGUCAGGGAAAGUGUUGUUCAGCUCGUCUGCGAGGAUCGACAGAGUCAGCGAGCUGAAGUCUGCAGAGAGACUCUUCCUCCUGUUGAAGCACGACUCAGCGCUGCAGCUCUCCGCCCUCAGCAGCCCAGCAAAGGCGACCUCUGUGCUGCAGUCCAGGCUGCUGGGUGACAAGAGCCAAUGGACCAGCGCCGUGUUGACGUGGAGUCGCCUGCAGGGGGAACUAGCACAAGGAAGAAGAACCACUGCCAACACGUCGAGCACCUCCCCGGGUGUGAUGAGUAGGAAAGAGGAGGAGAGAUGGAGUGAAGAACAGAUGGAAGAGGAGGGACGGUGCUGUGUGGAGACUGGGAAGAGUGCAGUGGAACGGAGGGAAGAGGAAAGAGAGACCAGGGGGCUAAGAAGAGGUGAAGAUAAAGAGGAAGCACAGACUCUGGAGAAGAAGAGAAAAAGAGAGAUGGGACAGAAAGAGGUUGAAGUUGAAGACCAGGUACUGGAGAAAAGGAUAAGGAGGAAGAAUGAAGAAGAGAAUACUGAGAAAGAGAGACAGAGAGAGGAUGAAGACGAUGAAGAGGAGAGGAGGAUGUUAAGUAGCAGAGGAUCAGAGGAAAGUGGCAGCAAAAAGAAAAUCGACAUGGCAGAGGACGUGGAACACGUGAUUAAAGCUGGAGGAGAAGAAAAGAAACAACCUCAGCUCAGGAUCAGACCAGAGAUCACGUCCUCUGCCCCGCUCUCGUUUCGGAUCAGCUGCAAGUGCACAGGGUCUGUGUCUCGACACUUCAGCUCACAGGAGGUGAGCAGAGUGAUGGGAGUGGGACUGAGCAGACUGAUGGGCUGGAAGGCUGAUCUGAAGAAUCCACAGCUGGAGGUAAAUGUUUAUCUGAGUGACGACCUCUGUCUGCUGGGGAUUCCACUGACCAGGUUACCUCUGGCUCACCGCAGCUACAUUAAAACCACGGGACUGAGGUCUACGAUCGCCUGGGCUAUGAUGUCACUGGCUCAGAUACAGCCAGGUUUCUGUGUCGUUGACCCGAUGUGUGGAGUGGGAACCAUCUUAAUAGAAGCAGCGCAGGAGAACAAGGCUGCCUGUUUCCUGGGCGUGGACAUUGAUGACAGACAGCUGCAGAAGGCCAAUGAGAACAUAGAGUUUGCAGAAAUGGGGAAUAGGAUACAGCUGAUGAAAGCUUCGUCUAUGGCGCUGCCUCUGCCCAGCGCCAGCGUAGAUGCCGUGAUCUGUGACCUACCGUUUGGCAGGAAGUUUGGCACCAAGACAAACAUGGCUGCCAAUCUCCCAGUCAUUGUCACAGAGAUGGAGAGGAUCCUCUGUGUUGGUGGAUCCCUGGUUCUCCUCCUGAGUCCUCAGUUGUCCUUUCUCUUGAAAAAACUCCUGGCACAAAAAGACAGCGGCCCGACGCCUCAAACUGGAGUCCAAGACCGUCCAUCUCCCCCUCUGUCUUCCAGGGAGCAGCAGACUUUCCAAAUCCACCAGGGAGUCAAACCCUCUUCUACCCUGGAAACAGACACUCAAACUGGGCAACAACUCAGCCUGCCUCCACCCCUCUCCUCUCUGAAGCACCAGACAACUCUGAGAGUUAGUUUAGGUGCUAUAGACGGACUCAUCCAUAAAUAUGUUAAGACAAAGGCUUGACCAGUGAUGGAAGUCACUUUUUUUUUACUUGCCAGGCUUUAUUACAACUACUCUAGAACAUGUAU